CAUCUACAUUCUAGAAUCCACAAAUGGGCAGAGGGAAGCAGUUGAGCCUGCAGACAGUGAUACAGGAGUUGGUCAGAGACUGCAGACACAAUACAGGAGAUGGUCAGAGACUGCAGACACGAUAUAGGAGAUGGUCAGAGACUGCAGACAUGAUACAGGAGAUGGUCAGAGACUGCAGACAUGAUACAGGAGAUGGUCAGAGACUGCAGACAUGAUACAGGAGAUGGUCAGAGACUGCAGACAUGAUAUAGGAGAUGGUCAGAGACUGCUGACAUGAUACAGGAGAUGGUCAGAGACUGCAGACAUGAUACAGGAGAUGGUCAGAGACUGCAGACAUGAUACAGGAGAUGGUCAGAGACUGCUGACAUGAUACAGGAGAUGGUCAGAGACUGCAAACAUGAUAC